GUUUUACGUAUGAAAAAACUUCUAAACCUGUUUAUUUACAGCAGUUUUUCUGUGUAAAUACUUGAACAGCCGAUUCUCUUGUUACUAUCGCGUGAGCGGGCAAGAGGUCAAGUCGUUAUCGUCCGUGCAGUGUGUUGUGAAAGCAAAUUAAAUUUGCUUGUGGUUAGAUUAGUGCGUAUUGCAGUCUUGCAUUUGCCGUUGGCGGGAGCCAUGCUGCAAGGAAGGAUAAGCAGGGUGUUGAAUCUUGGGCGCCGGUUGUGUAGCGAUGCAAGUGUACCAGAACUCCAAACACACAAUACAGUCACAUCAGUGCCGGAGUGGGCCAGAGUACCACUGGAAGACUUGCAUGGAAGACGGCAUGAUUAUGUCAGGAUAUCCCUCACAGAGCGCUGUAACCUGAGAUGUCAAUACUGCAUGCCAGCUGAAGGCGCGCCGCUCUCAGCGCGCGACAAGUUACUCACACGCGAUGAGCUGACGCGGACAGUCCGUGUUUUAGCCGCGCUGGGUGUCCGCAAACUCAGACUAACGGGUGGCGAACCUACGUUGCGGUCAGAUCUACAUCUUAUCAUAGAGGAACUCAACAACAUCGAAGGCAUCACAAGCGUAUCAAUGACAACCAACGGGCUAGUGUUAACCCGUCGGCUGCCCACCUACGCUCGGGCCGGACUCGCUGCCCUCAAUAUAUCUUUAGACUCACUGCAUAAUGAGCGAUAUGAGAAAAUGGCGAGAAGACCGGGACUUAAGAAAGUACUGGCUGGUAUAGACUUGGCACUGCAGUUGGGGUUUCCUGUUAAAAUCAACGUUGUGCUUAUGAAAGGAUUCAAUGACGAUGAAAUUAUGGACUUCGUGGAAUACACAAAAGAUCGCCCCGUUGAAGUUAGGUUCAUCGAAUUCAUGCCUUUCUCUGGCAAUAGUUGGGACGACUCUAAACUGGUUCCGUACCGGACAGCACUAAGGACUAUCUUGGAAACACAUCCAGAGCUGCAGGGGUGCACGCCGCGACCAAACGACACUGCAAGGGUAUGGCAAGUCCCGGGGUACGCAGGCCGCGUGGGAUUCAUCUCCUCAAUGACGCAGCACUUCUGUUCCACGUGCAAUCGACUCAGGAUAACUGCUGAUGGAAAUCUUAAGGUAUGUUUGUUCGGCAACGCGGAGGUGUCUCUACGCGACGCGAUCCGAAGCGGCGCGGACGACGAAGAAUUAUCGACGCUUAUACGCGUCGCGCUGAAGAACAAGAAACCGCAACAUGCUGGCAUGCAGAAUCUGGCGCACAUGGAAAACCGGCCCAUGGUUCUGAUCGGGGGGUAAUUCAUCUUCACAGCGGAGCGGGCAGCGGAGCCUACGGAGACCAUCAAACUACAGGAGAUACAAAGCUUGUCAAGAUACUUAGAUGAUGCUAAAGCUCAUACGCCUCGGUCUUUAAAUCUUCCAUUAAAAAUCAAAUUUUCUGAUCAGAGCGUCCAAA